GCUUGAAAGCCAUUUGAAGUUUGCGCGCCCUUAUUCUCCCUUCCCCUUCACUCCUCACUUGCAAGGGUUUCUCUCUCUCUCUCUCUCUCUCUCUCUCUCUCUCUCUCUCUCAGUGCCCAGAGAAAUCCUUUACUUCACACCACAAUGACUUCAACCAGUCCACACCACCUCAUCGACGACGACGAUGAAUUCGACUGGGAAGCAGCCGUCAGAGAAAUCGACGUCGCCUGCCAAUCCACAAACCCCACCAUUUCAAGCCCAAAUGCACGCACUAAUAACUCCGUGUCUUCUUCUAGGCAGUCCACUCUCGAUAGAUUCAUUCAGAAGGCGGGACCCAGUGUCCGAUCGGAGGACCGGAUUGACAGGGAAAUCGAUCAGGACAGGGUCGAGGAAAUAGACCUAGAUAAGUUCCAGGGUAGUGGACGGGUGAGCUACGUUGAGAUCGAUGCCGAGGCUGCAAAAACCUGGAUUUACCCAGCAAAUGUUCCUCUUCGAGAGUAUCAACAAUCCAUAAGCAGGACUGCUCUAUUUUCAAACACAUUGGUGGCGUUGCCAACAGGACUUGGGAAGACUCUUAUUGCUGCUGUUGUAAUGUAUAAUUAUUUUAGAUGGUUUCCAGAAGGGAAAAUUGUUUUUGCCGCUCCUUCUCGGCCGCUUGUUUUGCAACAAAUAGAAGCAUGCCAUAAUAUUGUCGGAAUACCACAAGAAUGGACAAUUGAUUUGACAGGUCAAACGAGUCCUACGAAAAGAGCUUGCUUUUGGAAAGUCAAACGAGUUUUCUUUGUUACUCCACAAGUACUUGAGAGGGAUAUUCAAUCUGGUACAUUUGCGGUGAAAUACCUUGUGUGUUUGGUGAUUGAUGAGGCUCAUCGGGCAACGGGCAACUAUUCCUACUGCGUGGCAGUUCGCGAGUUGAUGGCUGUUCCUGUAGAACUCAGAAUAUUGGCUUUAACUGCAACACCAGGAUCAAAGCAUCAGACCAUACAGAAUAUUAUUGAUAACUUACAAAUAUCAACACUUGAGUAUCGCAAUGAAAGUGACCCUGAUGUAAGCCCUUAUGUGCAUGACAGAAAGGUUGAAUUAAUAGAGGUUGCCAUGGCCGAAGUUGCUGUUGAAAUAAACAAUAGGCUUUUGGAAGUAAUACGUCCGCUCUUUGCCAGGCUUUGUGCGCUUGGAGUGCUUCAGAAUAGAGACAUGCAGACUUUGAGCCCUAUGGAAUUACUUAACGCAAGGGAUAGAUUUCGUCAAGCACCUCCACUAGACCUUCCCCAGUUGAAGCAUGGAGAAGUGGAAGGAUAUUUGGGAGUCCUUAUUACUCUUUACCAUAUUCGCAAGUUACUGUCAAGCCACGGUGUAAGGCCAGCAUAUGAUAUGAUUGAGGAUAAAUUGCGACAAGGGUAUUUUGCACGGCUUAUGACUAGAAAUGAAGUUUUGCAGAAAUUAAAGCUUUUAAUGGAGCAAAGCUUGUCGCAUGGAGCUCCUGAUCCCAAAUUGUCGAAAAUGUUAGAAGUUCUGACUGAUCAUUUCAAAAUGAGUGAUCCAAAAAACUCUAGGGUUAUCAUUUUCUCAAACUUCAGGGGAAGUGUCAGGGACAUAAUGAAUGCAUUAAUGACCAUUGGAGACUUUGUUAAAGCUACUCAAUUUGUUGGCCAAAGUUCAGGAAAAACAUUAAAGGGACAAUCACAAAAAGUUCAACAAGCCGUUUUGGAGAAGUUUCGGGCUGGUGGAUACAAUGUAAUUGUUGCAACAUCAAUCGGUGAAGAAGGUUUGGACAUAAUGGAGGUUGAUCUUGUCAUUUGUUUUGACGCUAAUAUCUCUCCCUUGAGAAUGAUUCAGCGCAUGGGGAGGACCGGAAGGAAGCAUGAUGGACGAGUUGUUGUUUUAGCUUUUCAAGGGACAGAGCUGAAGGGUUACCUGCGGAAGCAAGCAAAUAACAAAUCUAUCAAUAAGCACAUGCGAAACGGGGGAAUGAAUAGCUUCAAUUUCCAUUCUAGUCCAAGGAUGAUUCCACAUAUUUUCAAACCAGAAGUUGUGUCAAUUGAGCUAUCUAUUGAACAAUUCAUUCCUCGUGGAAAGAAAGGGAAAGUGGAUGAUGCUAGCCAGACCCCCGUGUUUAAUGCCAAGCUAUCUGAUGCUGAGACUGAUUUAGUCGCUAAAUACUUCGACUCUACCAAAGAGAGUAUAUGGAGACCAUCCCUCAUCUCCUUUCCCCAUUUCCAAGCAUCUCCUUCUAGAGUGCUCAAAGUUUUGCAUUCAUCCAGAACAGAAAUGCUGAUUGAUGCAAUGCAACAUUUGCAAGGCUUAGCCAUAAUUAGAGACAACAGUACCAUCUUAGUUGAGGAUGAAGCCCUGUCAAAUCUGCACUUGGGAGUUGAAACUAUUGAGCAGCAUGAGCACAGUAAGGAAGCAGAUGAGGUUAAUGCGAGAAUAAAAGACUUUUCUGACCGGACAACUUCCUCCUGGUCAAGGCGCAAUGAAAACAAGAAUAUGCCGACAUCAAAAUGCAGCUCUGUUGCCCAGCAAGAGAAUGCAGUGGAUGUGGAUGACAAAAUUCUUCAGACCCCUGUUUCCAAAAUGAAUUCUUCCAACGAAGGAGAAUAUGUCAUUCUUGAGACACCUCAGGAAAGGAAAAGAAAAGUACAGUUAAUUGAUGAUUCGAGCAAUGGCUUGCGAGAUUUUGAGCUCAGUCCCCGGUUAUCUAAUUUUAUCAAGGCCGGUGUGGUUCCAGAGUCUCCAAUAGAUUAUGCGGGGACAUCAAAAGGUAAAGGGGUAGGUGAUUCAAUGGACCCAAACUCUUGCUCACCGGCUAAGUCAAAUAACAAAGAAUUCCCUAUGUCUUCAAUUCCUGAGAAGGAAGAAAAGAUGGUUUUGGAUAGCAGUGCUUGUGGAAGAAAUGUUCUAGCUUCUGUUACUGAAGAGAUUCAUACCCCUUUACCUAAUAGUAAAUGUGAAUCCACAAGAGGAAGCAUAUCUGCUAUUCGGAUCGUUGAAGACGUCAAAACCCCUUUGGCAAAUUCAACAACCAAUAGUUGUAGCAAAGACUGGUGUUUGGAUUCUGGAAGCAAAUCCGAAAGUAUUAAACAGGAAAAAAAGUUCAAAAGAUUGCGCAAAUAUGGAGAGCAAGGUAAACAGAGGCCUCUAGAUGGUGAUAUUGGCCCGAACAGAAAACCAACCAGAGCUUGUGGAAGUCCACGUCCGAUCCUGGUAAAGAAUGACAGAGGCAAGAGGAAGCCAGUAAAGGAUGUCAGAGACUUCAUCGAAGAAGAAGCUGAGGUAUCAUCAGAAGUUGAAGUGUCGGAUGAUGAGGAAGUUGAGCCGGACACUAAUUCCUAUGACGAUAGCUUUAUUGAUGACAGGAUUAAUCCUACACAAGCAAGUACUCAACCUGAAACCAGUGGAACUGAUAUGAUGGCUAUUUACAGGCACUCUUUACUCACUCAAUCACCGAUGGAAAGAGUACCUAAUGGUUGUACAGAUUUUAGUCCCACCUCUGUUGCUUCCAAGACCCGGAUGAGUGAUAGUGGGAGCUCGUCUGGGACGGUAAACCGUUCUCUUCAAACACCUCAAACCGGGUCACAGUCUGUUGCAAGGAUUUCAAAUUCCUUUCUGUUGAAAUCUAAGCAGAUAGCUACAGAAGAGAAGCCAUGCACAACAGAUGGUAUCCCCAGAGAAAAUGAAAGCAGGAUAGGGGGUCUGAAAAGGAAAUUGAGCUUUUACCCAGUGGGGUCAGUUCCUGCCAUAAAUCUGGAUCAGGUGUUCUUGUCCCACUCUGUAGCUGCUUGUAGAGAGACAUCAGUGCAGGAUCAAGUGCAAAAAUCCCAACCAAAUGGAGAUAUCUUUGAUGAUGAUCAGUUUUAUGAGGGUCUUGAUCUUGAUGCAGUGGAGGAAGAAGCUGCGAAACUACUCGGGUACAAAUCAGAAUUGCCAGUGAACAAAAAAGUGGUGAUUCCUGAUCCUAACCCGCUGCCACUUCGUGUUAUGGGUUCUCCAACAUUUGACCUUGGAAUUUGAUUGUUUUAAGGAUCCUAAUUAUUUAGAGCACCGGUGAGCUCUAAUGCCCUUCAACUACCUGGACAAUGUUCCUACAAAAUUGUGGGUUGAGAUUUAUCUGGUUUGGUGCAAAUCAUGCUCUGUUGGGCUCACUAAGUCUGGUUAGCCAUUACUUGUAAAAUUAGAUUUUUGGAUGCAAGCGUAGCUGUAUAUAUCGUAUAGUUGAUAGUGAAGUUCUGUAAAUGAAACACUGAAAUCCUUUCAUUUUGUUUUGAAAAUUUUGUUGCUGUAAGGAUCCAUUGUAUUUAAGUUAUGAAGAAAGUCUAUAAAUCUCACAAA